CAAAGAAACGCAACAAUGGAGGAUGUUAUGAGCAAUACGAUCUCUGUGUUCUUAAUUGCAAGUGUUGUUCUUGGGAUCUUCAAGCUUCUUGACAAGCUAUGGUGGACUCCGAUCAAGAUCCAACGGUUCAUGAGGUCGCAGGGGAUUCAAGGGCCUUCUUACAACUUCAUCCAAGGCAACACCAGAGAGAUGUACUCCAAAAGAAUGAUUGCCAUGGCCUCCCCCAUCGACCUUUCGCAUCGGAUUCUCCCUCGGGUUCUUCCUCAUACGCACUCGUGGCUCAACGAUUACGGGAGGAACUUUGUUCAGUGGUUUGGAACAGAUGCUCAUCUGGUCAUUACAGAGCCUGAGAUGAUCAAGGAGGUGCUUAAUGAUCGACAGAAGAACUUCCCCAAAGCCAAACUCCAAGGCCAUGUUCAUAGAAUUUUUGGAAAUGGACUUGUCACUGCCCAGGGUGAACGAUGGGUCAAGUCUCGAAAAAUAGCUCAUUUUGCUUUUCAUGGUGACAAUCUCAAGAACAUGAUCCCCUCAAUGAUAGAGUGUGCAGAGACAAUGGUUGAAGAGUGGAAGCAUCAUGUAGACAAAGAGCUCGAUGUUUUCGAACAUUUUAAGGUUUACACAUUGGAUGUCAUUUCUCAUACAGCUUUUGGAAGCAGUUAUGAACAAGGAAGGAGUUUCUUCCAAAUGCUGCAGAGAGUCUGCGAUCUAUCAGUUAGUAAUGGAUAUAAAGUUCGUCUCCCGAUAAUCAGUAAGAUAUUCAAAUUGAAAGACGAUGUUGAAGGAGAGCGACUCGAAAAGAAAAUGAGAGAAUGCUUCAUAGAGAUCAUAAGGACAAGAGAAGAGAAGUGCAUGAAUGGGGAAGUAGAAGGGUAUGGGAAUGACUUCUUGGGAUUGCUGGUGAAGGCGAAGAACGUGCCUGAGAUGGCACAGAGGUUGUCUGUGGAUGAUAUUGUGGAUGAGUGUAAGACGUUUUACUUUGCUGGGCAUGAGUCCACCAAUGCGUUGCUGGCUUGGACUACGUUUCUGUUGGCGUUGCAUAAGGAAUGGCAAGAGGAAGCAAGAAAGGAAGUCUUCAAGGUUCUUGGUGACAAGAAUCCAACAAUGGAAAGCCUCCCCAAAUUAAGAACGAUGAGUAUGAUCAUCAACGAAUGCCUGAGGCUGUAUCCUCCAGCAAUGACAAUAUCACGCCAAGUGCAGAAGGAAACCAGAUUGGGGAGCUUGGUGCUUCCGAGUCGAAUUCAGGUGACGAUACCGACGCUUGCAGUCCAACACAACACCGAGUUAUGGGGAGAAGAUGCAGAUGUUUUCAAACCAGAAAGAUUUGCAGAAGGGGUCGGGAAAGCCACCGAAACGAACUCAGGUGCAUAUCUCCCGUUCGGGUUGGGGCCUAGAAGCUGCGUCGGGAUGAACUUUGCAUUGAACGAAGCCAAAAUAGCAAUGUCCAUGAUUCUACAACAAUUUUCCUUCACCCUUUCACCUUCCUACGCUCACUCCCCAAUUCAGUUUCUUAUUAUUAAUCCCCAGCAUGGAGUUCAGCUCAUUCUCCAUCAAGUUGAUAUGAAUUAAGACAUCUCAAUCCUAAAUAUUAAUGUCACGUUAAGAAGAAUCAAGCUUUGUUUAUACAACAAAGGCUUCAAUAUACUAUGAGUAGACCUUUAGAUGAUUAGAAAUUAAAUAUGGAUGAUAUUUUAUUAAU